GCGGCCGGGGCCAUGGCCGAGGGCGGCGGGGGCGCGCGCGGGCGGGCGCCGGCGCUGCUGGAGGCGGCCCGCGCGCGCUACGAGAGCCUGCACAUCUCGGACGACGUGUUCGGCGAGUCGGGCCCGGACAGCGGCGGGAACCCCUUCUACAGCACGUCGGCUGCCUCGCACUCCUCGUCGGCGGCCUCCUCGGACGACGAGCAGGAGCGGCCCGGGCCCGCGCGGGUCGCCGACGCGCCGGAGCCGGAGGAGGGCGAGGCCGGCGCGGGCUGGAGCGCCGCGCUGCGCGACCGGCGGCCCCCGCGCUUCGAGGGCACCGGCGGUCCGACCCAAAAGAUGCCCCCCAGCGCCAGUGCCAUGGACUUCUUGCAGCUCUUCAUCCCAGACAACGCCCUCAAGGACAUGGUGGUGCAGACGAACAUGUAUGCCAAGAAGUUCCAGGAGCGCUUCGGCAGCGACGGCGCCUGGGCGGAGGUGACCCUCUCUGAGAUGAGGGCAUUCCUGGGCUACAUGAUCUCCACCAGCAUCUCCCACUGCGAGUCGGUCCUUAGCAUCUGGAGCGGCGGCUUCUACAGCAACAGGAGCCUGGCCCUGGUCAUGAGCCAGGCCCGCUUCGAGAGGAUCCUCAAGUACUUCCACGUCGUGGCCUUCCGCUCCAGCCAGACCACGCACGGCCUCUACAAGGUCCAGCCCUUCCUUGACUCCCUGCAGACCAGCUUCGACUCUGCCUUCAGGCCUUCCCAGACCCAGGUGCUACACGAACCCCUGAUUGACGAGGACCCCGUGUUCAUCGCCACGUGCACGGAGCGGGAACUGCGGAAGAGGAAGAAGCGGAAAUUCAGCCUGUGGGUCAGGCAGUGUUCCUCCACCGGCUUCAUCGUCCAGAUUUAUGUGCACCUGAAGGAAGGUGGGGGCCCAGACGGGCUGGACACACUGAAGAACAAACCCCAGCUCCACAGCAUGGUGGCCAGGAGCCUGUGCCGGAAUGCCGUGGGCAAGAACUAUAUCAUCUUCACGGGGCCCAGCAUCACCAGUCUAACCCUGUUCGAAGAGUUUGAAAAGCAAGAGAUUUACUGCUGCGGCCUGCUAAGCGCCAGGAAGAGUGACUGCACAGGCUUGCCGCCAUCCAUGCUGACCAACCCUGCCGCUCCGCCGGCCCGGGGCCAGCACCGCAUCAGGAUGAAGGGGAACAUGUCCCUCAUCUGCUGGUACAACAAAGGGCACUUCCGCUUCCUGACCAACGCCUACUCGCCUGUACAGCAAGGAGUGAUCAUCAAGCGGAAGAGCGGGGAGAUCCCCUGCCCCUUGGCCGUGGAGGCGUUCGCCGCUCACCUCAGCUACAUCUGCAGAUACGACGACAAGUACAGCAAGUAUUUCAUUUCUCACAAACCAAACAAAACCUGGCAACAGGUCUUUUGGUUUGCUGUCAGCAUCGCCAUCAAUAAUGCCUACGUCCUGUACAAGAUGUCCGAUGCCUACCACGUGAAGCGGUACAGCCGGGCACAGUUUGGUGAGAGACUCGUGCGGGAGCUGCUGGGCCUGGAGGACACCCGUCCGGCCCACUGAUGAGCAGGCACGGGCCCCAGGCUCAGGGAAGGACCUGGGGGGUGGGGGUCGCGGCCCAGAGAGCCUGGUGUGCGGCUGCGGCCCAGACGGGUGCUCGAGCAAGGUCUCUGGGGGCACCGGGAAGGACCUGGUCAGAAGGUGGCUGCCGUCCUGGUUUCUGGUCAAAGAAGAGCACGUCCUCCCCCUGGGAAGCAGCCCCCUGCCUCAGGCACGCUCAGCAAGGACGGGGCGCCACCCCAGGCUCCACGCGCCAGCCAGGGCUCCGCCGUCGUGUUCCGCCCAGCAGGGCGCUCCAUCUUGUGCCUCCCGUGGAGCCCGCAGGGGCGCUCAGCUCAGCCCGGGGGGCCGGGCAAGGCUGUUCCCACCGAAGGCACCAGGGCGGUAUGAGCUGUAAGACACUGCUUUGUAAAGAUGUGGAGACACUGGUGGCGUGGCUCCAUUUCCUGCCGUGUCCAAAGGCGACAGAGUAAGCGACAGUUGGCUGUGCCCUGCGGAGGUAUGCAGGUGCACAUAGGAGCCCGGAGCUGCCCGCGUCUGCCUCAGGCAGGCAGCUCAGCCGGGUCUCACAGAGAAGAAACAAACAGGGUGCCAUUAAAACGCAGGGACGACGCGGGGGAGCAGCGCCUGCUCGGAGGGUCAGACACGUGCGCCCUCUCGUUUCAUCUGUUUGGCUGGUGGGCGGGGGAGAAGGGGAAAAUGCCACCAGGAUCACAGUGGGGUUUUUUAUUUUUAAAUAUAUCUUCAGGUUAUUUUCUUACUGUUGCUCCAGAUCUUGUGUAAAGGGAGAAUGUCCCACUUCUUGUCCUCCCCUCGCCCCUCACCCCGCCGCAGCCGCAGCUCCUCGCAUGCUUGCGGUUCUGUUCUGCACCCCGGUCAGGGCCCCGGAGGGCAGCCGGCUUCCUGAGCACCUGUGGCUGCCCUCCACUGAGGGCCACGGGGGGCCUGUGUCACAGACCUUACCAUUGGGAGAAUUACUUGUUUUCAAAAAGACUCAGUGUUGCUGAAACCAACAGCAAAGCGCAUGUGUGGAUGACCACUUGCUGGUGUUCUCGCCCUCGCGGGCAGCGGCCUGGCGGUGGCUGCCAGGCUCAGACCCAGCCUGGGAGUGGUGUGGCCGCCCCAGGCAAACCCUGCCGCAAACUGAAGGGUCUACGGGAUGGGCAGCUGGCAGCAAGGGUUCCACUAACCUCCCAGAACACUGGGGCUCUUUCUGAACCGAGGUCCACGUCUCCAUGGGAGACUUUGGACGGCCACCUGUCUGACUGGUCCCCCACAGACAGAAACAAGUAAUUCCUGGACUUAUACAAUCCCACUUCAACCCAGUUUGUGUGCCCAUCCCCCUGUCCUUUUUACAAGUGCAAAAUCUAUUCUACUCAGGCUUUGGGACGUUUUUCCUUGUCCACACUCAGUUCAUUGAAGUGUUGCUGGCAGCAUGCUCCCAGACCCUACACGCCCUCUGUACCCUUUGCUCACAGUGAUUGCCCUAACCCUGUGGUUUUAAUUCAAUGCCACGGAUUGUAGGCCAAAUUUUAAAUUGCAUUUCAAAACACCUUUGCGUGUCCUUUAAUUGGAUUGAAAGCACUUUUACCACAUGGAGAAAUAUAUUUUUAAUUUGUGAUGCUUUUCUACAAGGUCCACUAUUUCUGAGUUUAAUGUGUUUCCAACACUAGGGAGACUAAUGAAAGCUGAUGAAUUUUCUUUUCUGUCCAAAUAAGUAAAAGGAAAAUAAAAGUCUAUUUAGAUGCUGA